UUGGCGAGGUGGCACCAGGUGAUGCCAUAAACGACAAAUGAUAGUGUGCGCCAUACCGCUCUUGCGUCUUCAUUUUCUGGAGAAGACACGCCAGAAAAAGCGACACGCGGAGAGACAGAAAAUCCGGAGAGAGGCAGAGGAGAAGAAGAGACAUAGCCUAUCAGUUUUAACGAACUGGGAAGUUGAAGUUGCUUUUUUGGCCAAAUGUCCCUUGCGCGCGCCCUCUUAACUCGUCACAUAUGCUUUUGAUAUUUUAUAAUGGGAAGAUGAAGUCACCCAAUUCAUCCCCCCACUACUACCCCCCUCUCCCCUCCACCAUCAUUCUCUCAUUCAGGCCCGUUGCCCUUAUGUUUAAUUAACUAGGCUGAUGUGUAAGUACCUUCAGCCAGCGAAGCGUGGGCGGCGGGCUGCGGGGUAAAGAGACUGCCGGAGAAUAUUUCCUUAUUUCUCUCCGCCCGGGCGCUCGGUCGGCUGCCGGAGCAUCACCUCUGUCGUGUCGAAAGCUACAAAAAUAACUCGAGCCUUUUAAACUUGUUCCGAAUUGUUUAGGUUGUUUUCGGAGUGCAGUGGUUUUUCGAAGAGCGCGUGAGGGAGAAGACGAGGGCGAGAGAGAAAAGAGAGAGGGAGAAAGUGUGCGCGCGUUUGUGUGUGCGCGUUUUGAUGUUAUUUGUGACGGAAUCCCCCCUUCAGUCUUCAAGAAUCCGCGAGCGGCGCGAGGAGGAGAGGAGGAGGCGCGCGGACCUGUCCACGAGCCACUGCGGAACGCGCGGGGCUGCCGCUGGAGAUCCCAAACCAACGGUUAUUUUGGAUUGUAGAGUCUAACUGAUCCCCGCACUUCAACGGCUUUUUUUAUUCCCCCUUUUUCCCAGUCCAUCUCCACCGUUGAAUGAACGGUGUUUGACAUCUUAACCGAGAGGAAUACUACCUAUCUACCGGGGGUGAGGUGCUGGUGGAGGUCUUCAGAGGCAGACAGGUGGAUUUAUCCGUGCGGUGGUGUGUUUUUUGGGGGGGAACUGGAUGGAGGAAAAAUUGAUGGAUUAAUUUGACGGAGAAGAGUCGUAUGUGAUUCACACUCCUGCCGAGGGCACCCGAAUGGAGUAACAGGCUGCAAUGUCAUCUCCACCUGGCCGCCUGGAGAGAUGUGUCACGGGAAUGGGAUCAAGUUUGAACACUUUUGCUCUGGUUUCACUGACGCUGUGAGAAGGAACCAAAAUGCCAGUAAACGGACAGGCCAUGGUGGCUGCCUGCACGGGCCCUCAGACCACGGCAGUAAAACUCAGCAUUCAUCGCACGGACUCCGAAGAAGAAGGCGCAAAUCCUCCGCGACCGCAAACCUGCAGCAGCCACGCUUUGUGACGACGAAGGGUAUGAUGGGUGUAGUAGGCUGGCUGUUACUCCUACUCUCCCAGAUGAUGGUGCCUGUGGCGUCCCAGAAGCCUCCAGGUCUCAGUGUGGGUGUGAUCAUGGGCCAGACGCGCUUCAUUUCUGAUCAGGAUCUCCGCCCAUCUAGGCGCCCUGAUGAUGCCCUUGACGUCUCCGUGGUAAUACUGAGGAUAAACCAGACAGACCCAAAGUCUGUGAUUACACAGGUGUGUGAGCUUCUGUCACGCACUCGUCUCCAUGGCAUUGUGUUUGCCGAUGGCACCGAUCAGGAAGCCAUUGCCCAGAUCCUUGACUUCCUCUCCGUUCAGACGCAACUUCCAGUCCUGGGAGUCCAUGGAGGCUCAUCUAUGAUUAUGGCUGACAAGCGGUGGAGGGAGGAUGAGAAGUCCACUUUCUUCCAGUUUGGCGCGGCUUUGCAGCAGGAGGCUUUGCUCAUGCUUUCCAUCAUGGAGGAAUAUGACUGGCAUAUUUUUUCUAUCGUCACUUCCAAGUUCCCCGGGUACCAGGAUUUCAUCAGCACACUGAAGAUAACCGUGGAUCACAGCUUUGUGCGCUGGGACCUGCAGAGUGUGGUGACUCUAGAUGCUGUAGAUGGCGACCCAAACUCUAAAUCACACAUUGCCCUCAAGAGGAUCCAGAGUCCCGUUAUACUCCUGUACUGCUCCAAGGAUGAGGCUGUGUACAUACUCGAGGAAGCUCGGUCCUUGGGUCUGAUAGGAGCUGGUUACAUUUGGAUUGUUUCCAGUCUCACCACUGGCAACCCAGACUUUACCCCUGAGGUGUUUCCCCUGGGUAUGAUCUCUGUGUCCUAUGAUGACUGGGAGUACCCGCUGGAUACGCGGGUACGGGAUGGGGUGGGCAUCAUUUCAUCCGCAGCCACCGCCAUGCUGCGGGAGAAGGGGGAGCUGCCAGAGGCCCAGAGCAGCUGCUACAGCACUCCGUCAGACAGGAGCCCAGGGAAGCUCCCACCUAGUGCCCUGCGCAGACACAUGAUGCAUGUAUGGAAUGAAGGGCGUGACUUAUCCUUUACUCCAGAUGGUUACCAGGCAAACCCCAAAUUGGUUGUCAUCGUCCUGAAUAGUGAAAGGAAGUGGGAGAAGAUGGGCCGUUGGGAGAAUGGGACGCUGGCGUUGAUGUUUCCAGUGUGGCCGAGGUAUAACUCCUACGGGGAUGAGGAUGCAGAUGAAAACCAUCUCUCAAUCGUCACCCUGGAGGAGAAACCUUUUGUCAUUGUCGACAAUGUGGAUAUCCUCACCGGCACCUGCAUGAGAAACUCUGUGCCCUGCCGCAAGCAUGUCAAAAAUAACAGCACAUCCGGAGGUUCCUACAUUAAGCAGUGCUGCAAAGGUUUCUGCAUUGACAUUCUAAAGAAGAUAGCUAGGAACGUCAAGUUCACUUAUGACCUGUACCUGGUCACAAAUGGAAAACACGGCAAGAAGAUCAACAAUGUGUGGAACGGCAUGGUUGGAGAGGUGGUGUAUAAGAAGGCGGUGAUGGCAGUCGGUUCAUUGACCAUCAAUGAGGAGAGGUCAGAGGCCAUUGACUUCUCUGUGCCCUUUGUGGAGACCGGCAUCAGCGUCAUGGUGUCACGUAGCAAUGGGACCGUCUCUCCUUCUGCCUUCCUCGAGCCCUUCAGUGCAUCAGUUUGGGUGAUGAUGUUUGUGAUGCUGCUCAUUGUCACAGCCAUCGCCGUCUUCCUCUUUGAGUUUGUCAGUCCGCUGGGCUUCAACCGCAACUUGGCCCAAGGCAAAGACCCACAUGGUCCAUCAUUCACCAUCGGUAAGGCCAUUUGGCUGCUGUGGGGUCUGGUGUUUAACAACUCUGUGCCCGUGCAGAACCCAAAGGGCACCACCAGUAAGUUCAUCGUGUCAGUGUGGGCCUUCUUUGCCGUCAUCUUCCUGGCCUCCUACACUGCCAACCUGGCUGCCUUCAUGAUCCAGGAAGAGUUCGUGGACCAAGUCACCGGACUGUCUGACAAGAAGUUCCAGAGUCCAUAUUCCUAUUCCCCUCCAUUUCGCUUUGGGACGGUUCCUAAUGGCAGCACUGAGCGCAACAUCAGGAAGAACUAUCCAGACAUGCAUCAAUACAUGACCAAGUACCAUCAGACUGGUGUCCAUGAUGCACUGGCCACCCUCAAGUCUGGAAAGCUGGAUGCUUUCAUAUACGACGCUGCAGUGCUGAACUACAUGGCUGGCAGAGACGACGGCUGUAAGCUGGUCACCAUCGGCAGCGGGUACAUCUUUGCCACCACAGGUUAUGGUAUCGCCCUGCAGAAAGGAUCCUACUGGAAACGUCAUGUUGAUCUGGCCAUUCUGGGCAUCAUAGGAGAUGGGGAGAUGGAGGAGCUGGAGGCCCAGUGGCUGACAGGGAUCUGCCACAAUGAGAAGAACGAGGUGAUGUCCAGCCAGCUGGACAUAGACAACAUGGCAGGUGUCUUCUACAUGCUGGCCACAGCCAUGGGCCUCGCCAUCCUCACCUUCAUCUCUGAACACCUUUUCUACUGGAGGCUAAGAUACUGCUUCACUGGUGUCUGCACUGGGAGGCCGGGUCUGCUAUUCACUAUCAGCAGGGGUAUAUGGAGCUGUAUCCAUGGUGUUCAUAUAGAUAUGAAGAAAAAGAACCCUGAGCUGGACUUUAGUCCUCAAGCCAACAUGCUGCAUCUGCUCAAGUCCGCCAAGUCCAUGGCUUUGUCUUCUCCCAAACGCAACACUGUAGUCUUGCAGCCUAACAUCCUAGAUGUGAUGACGGGGAAAGGUAACUCACUCCAUAGCCUGCCCCAGAAGGGUCCUGGUCUCUAUAGCAACGCCGCUGGCCCACACAGUUUCUUGUCAUUGUCCGGGCGACACAAAAACCUCCUUAACAAUGCUGCGCCAUUUCCCAUGCAACAAAAAGCCCCCCCUCUUCAAACCAGCCCCAACAAGCCCCAGCUGUCAAUCACCAAUGACAACGGCAAGACCCGACUCGCCGGGCCGGCUGUCUCUGCUGGUCCACAGGCCUCUAAACCUCGAGCCCUAUGGAAGAAAAGUGUGGAGACAUUGAAGACCCAGCCUACUGUCGUAUCUCCCGGCCCAAGCCCUGUCCCAGCAUCUGGACCUGGCCCUCCACCAAUGAAGAGCCAGCGUUACCUGCCUGAAGAGCCGCCACACUCUGACAUCUCAGAGUGCUCCAGCCGGCCGCCAUCACACAAAGAUUCUGAUUCCAUGGCGGCGAGGGGUGGAUUCAAGCCUAUCAAUCAGCUGAGGAAAAGGGUUGGGGGAGGAGGAGGAGGAGGAGGAGGAGGAGGUGGGGGCGGAGGAUCCAAGAUCUACUCCAUUGACUCAGACCAGGCCAGUCUCCAGUCCGCUCCGCCCUACCAGCGAGACAGCCAGGGGGGAGGUGACGACCACAGUUACCCCCCUGACCUGUUUCCACCUGACAGCACGUACUCACACAGUCACACACUCUCCCACCAGGCGGACGCACCCAUUUUGCAGCUGAGUGCCAGCCUGCUGCAUCACAGUCACAGCGCGGAGGCUGACCUGCACUCCCUGAAGGACAAGAAAUAUAGCACCUACACUCACAGCAGUGCGAAGGACAAAGCUGGAGGUUCAUUUGAAGCUCCAGGUGCAGGACAGGGGACACAAAGCGUCAGGCCCGGCCACUGUCGCUCCUGCCUGACCAAGCUGAGCGGUUACUCCGGCCUUUACACUGUCCGCUCACCACAGGCUCGCUGUGAUGCCUGCGCCCACCUGGGAAACCUGUACGACAUCAGUGAAGACCACCUGCACUCACACUACUCCCACACACACACUCACCCACACAGCGGAGACAUGUUUACACACUACCUUCCCCAGAGCGAGCUGGGCCUGGUGGGCGAAGGGGACGGGCUAGUCAACCCAUUCGAGCCCUCCCCUUCCUCUCCAUCUCCUCUCCCCACCUCCUCGUCGGCCCAACACCUUCAGCUGAGUCGUCAGCACUCCUACGAGAACGUGCUUCCGGACGGUGUCCCCGAGCGUCAGUCGCAGCUGCACGCCCACCUGCGGGGGCUGAGCCUGCCUGACAGAGAUAGGGAGAGGGAGCUGACCCUGGACGAGGGGGCCUAUGCUAAUGUUCUCACAAUGCGCUCGGAUCGUCCGUAUAGCAGCCGCAGCCCCCCCUCUCCGUCGCCCUCCCACCACCACAGUCUGGACGCCCCUAUGCCCCUCCCCCGGCGCUCAAAGAGUCUCUUCCCUGAUCGCCCCUCUCACAACCCUUUCCUCCAGUCAGCUCCUGGCACGACACAACGAGAUCCCUCCCCCCAGGCUGUCACACGCAUGCCACAGAGAAGUUCCGCCCACGAGCUCUAUAAGCAGCGAAUGCCGCUGUCACUUACACUAGGUAACCAUGGCAGCCAUCACAACAACCAGCAUGGCGGCCUUGUCGACCAACAGGUGUUUUACCCUCAACAGGAGCCCCCUGUGGUGGCCUACAUGGUCCCACCUGCUGCUGCUCAGCCAAUGAACUAUGUUACAGCGCCACGAGCCUCGAGCGCAGGUGGCAACAGACCCCGGCUCUACCGCCGCAUGCCCAGCAUCGAGUCUGACGUCUGAGAGUCACACGCAACACACUUACUCUCACUGAAACACACUAGCACACACGCAUGCAAGACAGAGGUGUGUGUGACCGGACCAGGCAGCUCUGAUUCAAAGCACAUACACAGAAACACACUGACACACACACACACACACACACACACGGGUGAAAGACGGGAAGGUCGGCUCUGGACUAAAAGGUUAAUGGGGAUGCUAAGUAAAGAGUAAAUGAAUCAUUUCUUUAUCACACCCUCUAUAGGCCAGGGUCGGGGCCACAGGGACACCAAGAGGCACAAUACAAGAUGAAGAGUGUGAUUGUACUAUCCUCAAACUAAAGCCAACGAGGCACAGACUAUCAAUGCGGCUGACAAGACCGAUCGAAUCCCUGGUGGAAUAAGUGGGACACUGUGCACGGAGUUUAACGCCAACAGUGGGAUCUGAGGGAAGAUAUAACAGUGUGAAACACGAGCUGACUUGUUCUGCCCUUUCACCAACCUCUUGAAGAUGAAGGGGACACACAGAAAACCACUUUCUUUUUGAGAUCACACACAAACACACACACCCACACACACACACACACAUACAUAUAUUUCAGCUAAACACACCUGCCCCACUCCAGGACUCUCCUGUUGCACUAUGAUUUCUUCGGUCAACCCGUAUGUUGUCUGAGCCUCCAAACUGCACUGCCAGCAUGGCUUAAAGAGUAGUAAACUACACUAGAGUAGUCGCUGACUUAAUGGAAAUUACUGUCUUUGUAAUAGACUACAACUGAACUGGGUGGCGGGCAGCUGGUCAAGACACAGAAGCGUAUCAGCUCCUGCCAGCAGAUGUAAAAACACUCAAACACACACACACACACACACACACUGUGUAUGUUUCUAGGGGGGGGAGGGGAGUAAAACUACAGACUGUUUGUUAUUGGUGAUGCCAGUUAAUUGAACAUUCCAAAAAGUGGACCAAACAUGGCCGCCAGUCGAAGCCUAUCAGGACGAGAGUGUGUGUUCUAGUGUUUCUAGAUCUAGAGACAUACAGUACAGCAUAGCAUCCUUGCUUCCUCUCUUAGCUAGCCUUCAGGUCAUACUGCAUGCUUCCUACUGCCCUGUGUUACAGUUAAACUCCUAUACAGGGUCAAAUAUGCACACAUGCACACACAUAUAUGCACAUACGCACACACACAUGCAGAUACGCAGUAGUCUAGGAUAGUAGUUUAGGCUGGGUGGGUGUGUGUGUCGAAGCUAUGAGAUAGCUUCUCUUUGUGCACUUUGUAGAUUUUAUACCCUGCCACCUAACACAGACGUUUGACCAAAAACACUUUUAUACUGAAAAAUAUGAAUAUUCUCAAUCAUUCGCUGGAUAGAUGUUUUCUGUUCUCUUAUUUCUCUUUGACAUUGGGUUUUAGGGUACCAUUAAGUUUCCAUUGUGAGGUCAGAUGUUUUACAGUGUUAGAUAAUGGGUAAAGCAUUAUACAGUAUACACAACAACAACUCUUAAUCUUUCUCUUCUUUUUUCACUUUAACUGUACUCAUCCCUCCUUCUAGCCUUACCUUCUUCCUUCAUCAGCUUUUGUUAAUUCUCUUAAUUACUCCUUACUUACUUUUUGCUCCUUCCCAUUUUACAUCUAUUAUAGAGUAGAUUGAGUAUCAGAAGAAUAAAAGUUCAGUCGUGGUGUUUAAAAGUCAACAUAUUGUUGGAAAUCACUUUUUAUCACUAGUUGUAAGAAUUCCUCAAAUUCAGCACCGGCUCUUGUAGGAUACGGUACUUUUUUCUAAUCAUUUUUUUAUGUUAAAAGAACUUGAGGCCCGUUUUAAUGUUUCCGAAGUGAAUUCAGAGGCUGAGUGCAUCACUGUUGCAGAUUUAAUCAUCAAAUUGAUACUCCUGGGCAAGAGUAGCUGAUACUUGUGUGACUCUCUGUUGGCGAGAACAUAGCGCUGUGUUUCAGCAGAGAGUCACGUUGCAAAGCAGAGAGUUUGCAAAGUGACUCGUUACAGAAGCAACAUUCACACACACACACACACACACACAUGCACAAACUCAACAAGCUGGCAAUGUGUGUUCCAGAGUGUUCUAGAAAUCCAUAAUCUAAGUAAGGGCAUUGAUUUUUUUGAGCACAAGGAUUAUGAUGGAAAGAUCUGAUAUCCCAUUAGCUCAGCGUCUGUCUCUAUUUUUUUUUAUUCUCUCUCUCUCACUCCCUUACACACACACACGUACACACACGCACACACAUACAUAUAUCUAUAUAUAUUGGCUGCAAAGAAUGCGAGACAGUUUGAAUAAAAAAAUGCACCUUUUGAAUGGUGAACGCUGCCCCUCUUUUGGUAAUCUUAACAGGUUUGGUGUGUGAGUUAUAUGCACAAUAUCAGGUUGCAAUAUUAUACUUCUGUACAGAGAAAUCUUUGUUUUUAAAUGUUAGAAACUGAUUUCAUUUGUUUGAUUUGAAUGGUAUUAAGUGUUGAGUUCAUUUCAAUAACAAUGUGGCUUUUUAUUCUGCUUCUUUAAAGAAAAAAAAGACUGGCAUGUUUUUAGAUUCUUGUGUGAUUUAUUUUUCCUCUGGUGUGUUGUUGGUUGGGACCUCACUGUACAGUCCUCACUGCUGGGUUAACAGACUAGUUAACUAUCCCGGUCAGCUAACCAGUUAACUAGCAACACGUAGCUGGGUCUCUCAUCUGAAUCACACUCAAUGAAUAAUGAUAGUCCAGCCUGUGUGGUUAAUACGAACCCCCUCCCACCCACAUAGUUCUCUUCCACUACCAGUCUGUGCUGUUUCACCUCAGAGUGUGAGCGUGUGCGCGUCUGUGUGUGUGUAUAUGUGUGUGCUUUUGAGCGUGCGUGUGCGAGUGCGUUUUACACCGUGCAGGCAUUUAUAUAAGACAGAGGAUGAUAUGUGUAACAAGAGGUUGUUUGUGGUGUGUACGUGUUUGUGUGUGUUUUGUGUGCGUGUGUGUGUGUGUGUGUGUGUGUGUGUUUGUGUGUGUAUACACCUUUCUGUACUCUCUUCCCUUUGUCCCACACAUAACAUUUGACCCGGCUCUUACUCAUACAAGACAAAUACAGUUUUGCACACACGCAAACACACACACAUGUUGCGCCCGUGCUGUUGUGGUAAAGAGAGCAUGUAAAAUGAGUUUUGUACGUCCACCAUCACACAGAUUUUUACACCAACUCUUUGAUUUUUUUAAAUUGCAUGACGUGCUUGUGUUUUUGGUGGUACCUAUUUUGCUGCAACACCAGAGUUGUCCCUGAGUUGACCUACUGAGGCUACAUGUACCAACGUUCCCCUCCACACUGGUUUGUGCACCAUAUCUGACUGGAGCCCCAGAUGCUUAAACACUCCCAACUCUCGGCCUGUGAUGUCACCAAUAUGGCGCCCAGCUGGCUCCUGCACAACGCCAGCCGCCGUCAAGGAACGUGUGGAAGUUUGGUCCAGAUGUCCACAUAUUAUAAACAGUACUGGGUGAAAGGAGUGCGUUGGUGUGUAGUCCUCCGGGUCUCCCUGCCGUGUAUCUCACUUGUGUAUAAGUUCAGGGGUUUCUAAGCUACUAGUUGUGUUGUAAAUACUACCUUGUCACUCAGUACCUCUGUACAAUCUGUAAAUAAGUAAAGGUUACAUUUUUCUACUUGU